GAAGCGACAACAUAACCGCUGACAACUUUCUAACUGAAGACAGAUUUAUAAUUACGGAUUUCAUUUGAGUUUUGUUCUCAAUAAAUCAUUUAGCGCGAUGUUGAUUUCUCGAUAAUAUACUUGUGAAUUUUCUUCUUGCGAUUGGAGACCAGCAAUAACGUGUUCUUUCAAAUUUCGCGCUGUACUGACUGCCAAACGAUAGGCUGGUAUUCCGGCCAGCUAAUCAACUGUGAUUAAGUUACCACUGCUAGCUAGCUAGAUCCAAACGUAUAAUAUCUCAAAUUCUGCUCAUUAAAAAAAAAUGCAGACGACUGACAUUGGAAACAAGGAGGAGGGAAAAGUAUGGCAUCGAAAACCAACACCAAGUAAUGCUGGGUAGGUAAUUUCAAAGGAUAACGUUAGCUCAUAACCCACUUGUUGAGUCUCCAUCAUCUUGUGAUAGGGAAGCCUGGCUGUUGAGUGUUUUUGAUCGUAAACGAGAGGCGAUUGUUAUUGUCUGUUUCUACAUAUCUUCAAUAGAAGCUGUGCUUUGCAUUCUUGUCUAGACGCGCAUCUUGUAUGUUGACCAUAAUAACCGUUUUUGCUUUAACAGGGUGAUGGUCACAGUGAUUCGCAGUGCAGCUGCCUACCAGUCCAAAACAGUCCGCUUCCUUCAUGUCACCUUUGACACUACAGGGGACUCUUUCCUGGCUGGAGACCACCAUGGGAAUAUUUAUGCCUUGGACAUCACCAGAAACAGGUGUGGUAUGUCAGUCACUGUCAACACCACAAUAUUGCAUUGUGUAACCGGUGUGAAAUGGCUAGCUAGUUAGCGGUGCGCGCUAGUAGCGUUUCAAUCAGUGACGUCACUCGCUCUGAGACCUUGAAGUAGUUGUUUCAUUUACAUUUUACAUUUUAGUCAUUUAGCAGACGCUCUUAUCCAGAGCGACUUACAGUUAGUGAGUGCAUACAUUAUUUUUUUUUAAUUUUUCGGUUUCAUUGCAUCACAAUACUCUUACUUAUGCAGGCCGUGCUCAUCUGUUCUGUCUCUCUCCAGAUUUAGACUUGUUCAGAAAACCGGUCAAGCAUGCACUGCCUUGGCUUUCAACUUGCGCAGAACAACGGAAUUCUUGGUUGCUCUUGCAGACUACUCCAUCAAGUGCUUUGACAAAGGUAUGACUCCCUACAUUGCUGCUUAAUUGUUUUCCAAAAGGUUAGGAACUGAUUAGCUGAUUGAGGAGGGUAAAGUCAUCUUCUGUGGUAUAUUGGCCCGUAUACCCAAACUUCCAGUACAUUGAAAGACCAAUGAUUCCAUCAGAUAAUGGAGUUUUUGGUGGGUGUUUGCCAAUUGGAACAAUAAACUGAUUGAUUGUUUGUUUGAUUCCAUCAGAUACGAAGCAGCUGGUGAGCUGGAUGCGGGGUCACGAGGGGGCGGUAUCCUCCGUGUCGGUCCAUGGCUCUGGCCGCUACGCCAUCACUACAUCAGCUGACACGGCUCAGCUCUGGGACCUAGACACCUUCCAGAGGAAGAGGAAACUCAAUGUCCGUCAAUCUGUCGGCAUACAGAGGGUUAGAUCAUUUGGAUUUACAGAACAGAAUCAUUUCAUUUUUCAGAUUAGACAAUACAAUGAAUAAAUAAUGGCAAAAUUCAUACAGUGCCUUUUUAUAUUUUACAUUUUGUAGAACUCUAAACAAUUUGUAGAACAUUGAACUGUGUGUGUGUUCUUUUUUCUAGGUGUUCUUUCUUCCUCUGAGUAACACCAUCCUCAGCUGUUUCAACGAUGACUCCAUCUUUGCCUGGGAGAGUGACACGUUGUUCUGCAAAUACCAGCUGCCUGUUCCUGAUGAGGGACCCAGGAUACACUACAAGGCAUUUGCAGUCACACGGUGUGUGUGUGUGUGUGUGUGUGUGUGUGUUUUUGAAAGGUUGAGUGGAAGUGGAAGUCUAAUGUACAAAAGUGUGUCUGUCUGUGGGGUUAUGACUAUUACAGAUAAGCCCUGAUAAAUCCUGAACAACAAAACAGAUAGUCAGUACCAGUGAUGUCUUCCUAAAACCGUCUGUGUUCUCAUCACAGUGAUGGGAAGACAUUGGCUGCAGGGGGAAGAUCCAACCUUCUCCAUCUGUGGUGUCUGGACACCAGGCAGCUGCUUAGAGUGGUCCAGAUGCCUCCUAAGGUCCGCUCUGUCAGACAGCUGGAGUUCCUACCAGACAGCUUCGACGGUGGGGCCAGCCAGGUAUGUAUUUAUUCAUUCUAUUUAUUGAUCAUUUAUUUAACCAAGGAAGUCACAUUGAGUUUUACAUCUCUUUUUCAAGUGAGCUCUUGCCAAGGAAGCAGCCAAUGUACAGCCAAUGCUAUCUGAUACUGAUGUUUUUUUGGAGAACAUGCUUUAUUUGUCUCAGUGGUUGGUCUCAGACAAGUAAAUUAGAAAACAUUUUGUUUUUGUUCUUCAGACUCUUGGGGUGCUGAGUCAGGAUGGUAUGAUGCGUUUCAUCAACAUCCAGACCUGCAAGUUGAUCUUUGACAUCGGAUCCCAUGAUGACGCCAUCACCUCAGCCACCGUCAGUCCCAACGGACGCCAUAUUGUCACUAUAAUGGACAACGGCAGCCUGAACAUCUACAGUGUUCAGUGUCUGACCCAGGACUACAACAAGGUAGCAAUAAUCAGAAUUAUUAGAAAGGCAGUUAAUCUGAUAAGUCUCCUUGAAUUUUGCUAAAUGACACAGGCAGCUUUGUUUAAUCUGUGUAAUUGUUAGAUUAGCACACAUCAAUCAUGUUUCUGCCUUCCCCUGAGCCUCUCGCCAUCCUCUCCUAGCCUCCUCCGCCCCUGGUCAAAGUGGUGUCUGGUGGAGCGUGUUCUGCUCUGACGAUGAAGGUGAAGUCAGAAGCUGUCCAGCGGCCGGCCAAAAACCUCCGGUCGACGGGUCAAGACCAAAGUCCUUAGGCCUCCAGCUGUCCCCAUGACAGAGGAUAAAGAGGUACAUAUGUAGGAUCUUCAUUUGAUCACUCUUUUGUUGCGCAACAGGAAAUGCAAACGUAUAUUCAAGGUUUUAAAAGGCUUCUAAAGUUAGUAAUUUCCACUUAAAAAUGUCAGACUUUAACCACUACACAAAAUGUCCAUUAAUUAAAAUCCACAUUAUAAUUCAUAUUUCCUGUUGCUGUAGAAUAAUUUUCCUUCUGUAGCAAAACUGCCUCAAAUUAAGAUGGUACAUCUGUAGAGCAUACAGAAACACAUGGCAGACAGAAGCAUAGAUACUGGUAUAAUCUCAUAGUCACCGUAUAAUAGCAUGACCUUAUUUAUUUCUCUUCUCUGGUCAGGAGACACGCUGUCUGAUGAUUUCAGCAUUGGUUUUCCUCAUCCAGAUUUUGAAUGAUGUUCUUUUGAAUCAAGUGAGGCAUUCAACUGAUUGUGGAUUUGCUUUUUCAGAAUGAACUGCCUGACGGUCUAAACAAGAAGAGGCUUGUGGUGUUACUGAAGGCAUUUGGAGAAUAUCCAGCUAAAUACAGGUAACUAGCUACAAAUCAGGAAUCGGGGCCAAGGUGUCACAGUUUAACGAGGGGCAGCAACAUACAAUCUGCUCCUUAUACACUACAGUACAUGGACUCCAUUAUGAUGAUCUUAUACACUACAGUACAUGGACUCCAUUAUGAUGAUCUUAUACACUACAGUACAUGGACUCCAUUAUGAUGAUCUUAUACACUACAGUACAUGGACUCCAUUAUGAUGAUCUUAUACAUUACAGUACAUGGACUCCAUUAUGAUGAUCUUGUGUUUAUUUCUCCUCAGGAUGUUUGUGUGGAGGUCCCUCCUGCGUCUGCCAGAGAACCACGCAGCCUUCAGCAGUCUGACCGAUAAAGGCCUGCACUCUUCCUACCUCAGUAUCCAGGAGCGAUACCCCAUCAAGAGCCAUAAACUGCAGCGGGGACUACAAAGGUAUAAAUACCACUUACCUGGCUGGCAUAUAGGCCUGCUGUCAUAAUGGCCUGGCAUGGGCAGGUUCAGAUGAUCUGGAACUAUUAAUAUUAGGAGUUAAUGGUCCUUCAAUUUUUAUCAAAAAGUCCUAGAUUAUUAGUUAUUGUGGGUAUAUCUGACAAUGCUGUCAUUUCUAUGAAUCAUGUUGGGUAUAUCUGACAGUUCUGUCAUUUCCAUCUCUUGUCCGCCUACACAGAGUGUUGUCUGCUCUAGCCCACUGGGCGGCCAUCUUUGGAGAGACGGACUACCUCCCUCUGGUGGCAUUUCCCUUCGUCAAGCUCUUCCAGAACAACCCACUGCUCUGUUUUGAAGUGGUCGCCACCAUUAUAGGUUCUGGACAUACAGUACUAGAAACUAUAUAAUGUUUCACUUGUCCUUUCAUGUUGGCCCUGUUUGCUAUCUUAGAGUUGCUGAAUAUUUGUCACUUUUUCAGUUUGCUUUUCAUGUACCUUGUUUAUGUAACUUUGUUGAUGCACUUUGGUUGGAAAAUAGGAUAUCAACAGUUUUGUUUGUCCUUUCCAGUGAACUGGUGCCAGCACUGGUUUGAAUACUUCCCCAACUCCCCUCUCAACGUACUGAGCAUGGCAGAGAAUGUUCUGGCUCACCAUGACAAGGAACUGCUGCAGCACCUCAUCGACUGUGGAGUCACCUCUCAGGUGAGACUACCAGGAGAUCUCUUUUUAAACUCUUUACAACUUUAUUGUAAUGACACAAGUAUUGUAUGAUUGUUUUUUAUUUGCUCCCACAAACAAGAGUUCAGUGAUAUACAUUUUCUACUGUUGUUCUUCCGUGGCCAGCUCCUGUGCCAAGUUGGAUGUGCGUAUAACAGGUUUUACUAAUAUUGAAUGGUGCAUCAUUUCCUCCUCUCCCUCUCUCCUCCAGCUGUACGUCUGGCCCCUGUUAGAGACUCUGUUCUCUGAGGUGCUGACCAGAGAUGAGUGGCUCAAACUGUUUGACAACAUCUUCUCUAACCAUCCUGCCUUCCUAUUGGUUUCUGUGGUCUCCUAUGUCACCUGCUGCCGCGCUCCACUACUGGUCUGCAGCCACAAAGAGGACUUUGAGGUAAGAUAUUUUAUAUAAACCAUGGGAAGGUUUGAGGUAAGAUGUUUUUAUAUAAACCAUGGGAAGGUUUGAGGUAAGAUAUUUUAUAUAAACCAUGGGAAGGUUUGAGGUAAGAUGUUUUUAUAUAAACCAUGGGAAGGUUAGAGGUAAGAUGUUUUUAUAUAAACCAUGGGAAGGUUAGAGGUAAGAUGUUUUUAUAUAAACCAUGGGAAGGUUAGAGGUAAGAUGUUUUUAUAUAAACCAUGGGAAGGUUUGAGGUAAGAUGUUUUAUAUAAACCAUGGGAAGGGACACUUUCAUAGGUUAGGCCCUUUCUAUGACUUAAUGUUAUGACUAUAUGCUACUAUGUAUGUUGUCAUGACUACUGCGCCAGUCUCAGAAUUGUAUAUUAAGCAUGAAUAUUGAAUAACAGAACAUUAUUUGCAUCCUUUUAACAUUGUUACUCUACUCUAAUUUAUUAGGUGUUCACAGCAAAGCUGCAUUUAAUUUUUGACAUGGUCAAAUAACCCAAGCAUAGAUGGUAAAUUUUUCUCUUCAAAUUUGGCACACAUAAACUAUAAGCCAUGACUAACUUGAUCAUAAAUAAUGGCACUAAUUGACCUAUAGGUGGCAAGGUUAUAAGCAGUCUCACUUAAACCCUCAUAUCCGUCGCCCCGUUUGACCAACCUUUUCUUGGCCAGGGACCCCCUCCCAGGAACCCCCAUCAUACGUUAGCAAAAAAAUGUAAUGCAAAUGUCAUGUUUUAUCAUCAGGUGAAUAAUAAUGGAAAAGAGAAGUAAUCAACAUUUUCAAAUGAAUAGAUUUGGUAAAUAGUUUUUCAUUAUUUUGACCACUCCAGAUUAUAUUUGGAAGAGGAAGUGUAAACUUCUAAAACCUAUGUCAGAUAUUCCACUAAGUGUAAUGGGCUCCAAUGACUGUAAUUUGCUCAAUAUUAGAAGUUGAGAAAUAAAGUUGACGUCAUUAGAAUGAAGAUAUUCUCCUCUUUUCUACUGUAGGUAUGUCAUUCAAAAUGUGUUCAGCCCCAGUUGAAUACCCCUGACUUGGAACUUUGUAUGUAGGUGUCUUCCUCAUGCUGAACAAAUUUGCCUCAAGGACCCAUCAAAGCACUAUCACAUGAGUCGAUACUUGCACUGUUCUCAGGGCAGGUCUGCCGGUUUGGACUAACAGGAGUUACUUUUUGUAGCAGGUUAAGAGAACUUACGCAGCAGGUUAGGAGAAUUAACAUGGCAGGUUAGGAAAAUUAGGUUAAGGGUUAGGGUUAGCUAAAAUGCUAUAGACUUUCCCUGACGCAACUCUUAACAUAUCUAUCUACAACCAGGCCUGCCCUGAGAACAGUCUUGGUUUCCACUAAUGCGAUUCUGCCAUAAGGUCCGUCAGGAUAGAUUUUGAGAGAUGGCUGAGUUAUUGAUCAAUCCUUUGUAAAUCCACUCCACAAUGGCCUGUCAACUUCAAACUGUUUAGGGUCAUCAAAGACAUUACCAUGAUGAACCAUGUUAAGUUGGCAUUGAUAUAUAAAACAUUUUAAUUUCAAAAAGGAAACGAUGAACAAGGUGUUCUUUCUGCCAUCUUGUGAACCCUGUUCAUUGCUGCUUGCAGCUACAGUAUAUUUACAUUCUUGUCCAUAAAGGGAAAAUGCACACUUUUGAUUCUCUCUCUCGCUCCUCCCCCCCAGUAUUUCUUCCACCACCGUAACAACCUGGACAUCAGCUCCAUGAUAAAGGAGACAUACAGGCUGAUGGAGAGCACCCCAGCAGACAUCCACCCUAGGACCAUGCUGGCUGACUUUCAGCCUCUGACCAGGGGACAGUACCCUGUCUUCAACAAGUACCCCACCUACAUAGUGGAAUACCAGUCUCAGGAGAGAGAGAGGAUACGCCAGCAGGAGGUGGAGUACCUCAGAGAGAGGUCAGAUUAUAUCAUUAUCACCUUGUCCUUUCUGUGGCAUUCUAGAACACUGGCAAAGAAAAUAAGGUUCACACAAAGUAAACUCUAAUAUCUUAUGUCUGUUUUUUCUUGCAGUAGCAGGGGGAAAAGCUUGACACGAACGUUUCGGUCAAAGCCUUCUUCGGUGUUUGUGUCAAAGAACAGUGUCAGAUGUGUGUGUGUGUGUGUGUCUCUCCAGGCAGGCGGUGCAGGAGCUGCGUGCGGAGGCGGUUCAGAGGCAGGCUGAGGACGAGGCGUGGUACUCCCAGCAGGAGUUACUGCAGCAGGCUGAGGAGAAACGCAGGGACAUCCUACAGCAGGAGGAGAGUAAGCUGGCUGAACAGAGAACCAGGUCAGAGAACAGACAUACAUACAGUCAUUUAUGUACACCAAUUUAUUAUAUCAAUCAUUCACCCUCCAAGCCAGAAUUGUGCAUGCAUCAUGUAGGAGCAUUCAGUCAGCAUCCUCAGAAGGAAGUGCAUUCUCGCGUAAUAUCACACUCAACAUGACACUCCGAUUUACAUAGUUAUUGAUCCUCAUAAAUGACUUGGUAGAAGCCCAUUAAAUGUGAUGUCACCAAUUAAGCUGAAAUAGACUUGAGUUCCCUGGUCCAAGGUUCAUUUAUCGAACAGUCUGUAAUGUGUCCCCAGCUUAGUCUAACAAACAGUCUGUAAUGUGUCUCCAGGUUAGUCUCUCUGACAGUCUGUAAUGUGUCUCCAGGUUAGUCUCUCUGACAGUCUGUAAUGUGUCCCAUCUCCAGGUUAACAGCCAUGAAGCGUGAGUUGAAGGUGAAGGAGCUCCAGCUGAUGGAUGCGGCCAGGAGACGCUUCCUGAAACACCAGCAGGACCAGAGACUGACUGAACUACACAGACUGGACGACCAGAUACAGAGGAAGGUCUGUUUUCACUUCAGGCACCGGCCUGUGUUUUAAUAUUGAAAGGAAGAGAUGCAUUCUUUCAACCAUCGUUUUAUUUUGUGUGUAAUGUGAUGGUGUUUACAUGUACUAUACUGUAUAUAAUGGUGUUUAUAUGUACUAUACUGUAUAUAAUGGGGUGUCUAUAUGUACUCUACUGUAUGGUGUGUUUGUUGGGGUCAGAUGAACACCAGAGACCAGGAGACGGCAGCAGCAGUACAGGAUAUAGAAGUCAGACAGAUGGAGCUGGAAGCACAGAGACGCCUGUUUGAACUGGUCAGUGGCUCUAAGGUUAUCUACUUGAUAAUCAGCAUUGUGCACAGACCUGCCCCUGAGCCAAACACUUAUCCUGUCAUUCACAUUUUCACCACAUUGUAUUCCUUGCAGCAUAAAGUUAAGACACCGCACAUCAUUUAACAUUGGCCAUUUGAACGAUAUCCAGCUACAGUAUGGCUUGGUCUUCAUUCACCAGACAGUGAUGUCAUGAUGUAAUCCUUGUGUCGUAGCAACUGUCCAAGGAGCAGGUGCGUGUGACUCAGGAGGUGAGAGCAGAGGUGGACACCAGGAGACACAGGUCAGAGGUCGAGGAGACCACCUUCCAACACCUCCUUAACAACGACACUGACAUCAGCCUGGGAACCAAGAAGGUAAGCAUUCGUCUUCUGCAUACUUCCAGAGACUGAAUAUAGUAUAAUAAGAAGAUCUGGGGAGGGGGUAUUAAAACAUUAUAUUACAAUUAUUCCGAUUUGUGACAGCUGCACAAAAGGAAAAUAUUCAUAUCUGUCACGGACCUGAAUGGAUUAAAGAAGCUCUCUCAGAUAGGGGUACUGCGUUCAACAGAUGGAGACUGACCUCCUCCCUGUCUCAGGUUCUACAGGAGUGUCUAGCCGAAGCAGGCCAGCUGGGAGUGGACACAGAGUGGCAGGCUGAGGUGAUGAGGCGUCUAGACCAGGAGGAUGCAGACCAAGACAGACACUACCACCAGCUGGCUGGACUACACAGAGAGACCCGCACCAAGGAGGAGCAGCUAGUCAACAUCAUGGAGGACAUGGAGGGACAGGGGGUAGGACGAGAGAUGAUCAUGUUGUGUAGGCUAUAUGAUGUCUGUGGUAACAAUAGUAGAGGAGGCUAUAUACAGUAGGUUAUUGAGGGUCAUUGUCAACAAGUCCUAUUAGUUACUGUACCUGUUGAUGAACUGUACCUUGAUCAACUGAAUGCUCUUACACUGGGCGGGCUAGUGUCAUUGAUUUACAGUGGGAGGAGGUGGUGUGUUCAGUGGGAGGAGGGGGUGUGUAGUGUGUUCAGCCAUUGUGUGUUUCAGUGGGAGGAGGUGGUGUACAUUACAUUCUGUGUUUCAGUGGGAAGAGGUGGUGUAUAUUACAUUGUGUGUUUCAGUGGGAAGAGGUGGUGUACAUUACAUUGUUGUGUUUCAGUGGGAAGAGGUGGUGUAUAUUACAUUGUGUGUUUCAGUGGGAAGAGGUGGUGUAUAUUACAUUGUGUGUUUCAGUGGGAAGAGGUGGUGUAUAUUACAUUGUUGUGUUUCAGUGGGAAGAGGUGGUGUAUAUUACAUUGUGUGUUUCAGUGGGAGGAGGUGGUGUAUAUUACAUUGUGUGUUUCAGUGGGAAGAGGUGGUGUAUAUUACAUUGUUGUGUUUCAGUGGGAAGAGGUGGUGUAUAUUACAUUGUGUGUUUCAGUGGGAAGAGGUGGUGUAUAUUACAUUGUGUGUUUCAGUGGGAAGAGGUGGUGUCUCAGAAGGCCCAGCUAGAGGAGGAGAGGCAGGCUGCAGCCACAGCUGAGGCCAACAGGAGAGUCUUCCUCAGCCAGGAGGAAGAGGAGACGGAGCAGCACAGAGACAACCUCCGCAGGAGCCAGGACCACUCACUCAGUGAGCCCAGCACCAUAGAAAUACAUGUUGUAGGACAGACAUUCUUCUGUGUUGUGAAGAGAGUAGGCAGUUGGGUCCACUCUAGACAUUAUAUUUAUAUCUGCUACAUGCUGAGCAUUCUACCCCACCACCUACACUACAGUCCUAUCACCUAAUGUUGCAGUAUGCUUUUUAUUCAUACCAACAUACACCACAACAAUGACAGAAGGGUACAAAUAGGCAAUGGUUCAUGUUGAAGGUUUCAGCGUUCCUCUAAGGCAAUGGUUCAUGUUGAAGGUUUCAGCGUUCCUCUAAGCCAAUGGUUAAUGUUGAAGGUUUCAGUGUUCCUCUAAGGCAGGCAGUGACUAAUAGAGAAUGUUUUGGCAGGUCAACAGUGGGAGAUGAGAGCCAGGUCUCCGUGCUCCACUAGAGGCCUGCUUCCCAAACCUGUUGCUUCUCCUGCUCCUGGUCAGUCUCAACAACGUCACAGUCCCAACAACAUCUGUCUAAACAACCAGUCCACCUCAGACGACUCCACUAGCUGUGAGUAUUGCUGGCUGUCCCUAUCACAUUCACUGUUUACACCACUGCAUUUAAAGUUAGGUUUGUCAGAUCUGUACUCCAUAAGAAAAUAUCAAAACAUUUCAGAUCAACCAAUAAAUUAUUCAGUGUUCCCAAUGUGCCCGUUCCCACUGUAAUCUUGCUGAGUGUAGAUCCAUACAGUAAGACCCUGACCCUGAUGAGUCCUGUGGUAUCUUGUUUUCUCAGUCUCUCUGGACCGGGGUCGAGGGGAGCUGGACUGCAGAGAGAGGGAGUUGAUGCAGGACAUCAGAGAGCUGCGGCAGAAACUGGCGGCCCGUGCCAAAAACUCCAACUCUACCACCUCACACUCCCCUGUCUCACAGUGACCACAACACACACACACACACACACACACACACACACACCAUCUCUCAGGUGUCAGCUGUGCCUUUUUGUUUUGCAUAUCUAGACUUGAAAACGAAACUGAAAUGUUUUGUGGUUUUCUGCUCAUUUAUCAUUUUGAAAGAAGAUGCUGAUGUUAUUUGAUUUAAGGAACAGCUGUCCACUAACCACAACCCUGGUGGUCACUAGCCAAUGAAAACAUUCCAUGGUCUUAAUGAGGUUUGUAGCAAAACCCUCUCCUGUGUGCAUUUUAAAGUGUAUUUAUAUUAUGUUAUUUAAGUUGUUUUAAAUGUGUUUUUAAGUAUUGUUGAAUCAACUUUGAGUCAUUUAAUCUCUGCCAUGUUGACUAGUUUAAGUCUUUGCCAGACUAUACUCACCAGUCGUGCUUUGGUCUGAUGGUAAAUUAUGGCUUGCUUACCUCAGCAUAGGUAUCCAGGUAAUUAUCCUUUAAUAAAGCCUUAGCUAAUUGUAUUUGUCAGAUGCUUCGUAAACAACCGGUGUGGACUAACUUACUCACAGGCCCUUCCCAACAAUGCAGAGAGAAAGAAAAUUGAGAAAUAAUAGAAAAGUAAAACAAGUUAUAAUAAAUACACAAUGAGUAAUGAUAACUUACGUACCAGUACCGAGUUGAUGUGCAAGGGUACGAGGUAAUUGAGGUAGAUAUGUGUAUAUAUAACUUGGAAUACAUUGACAGAUAAUAAACAGUAGCAGCAGCAAAUGUGAUGAGACAAAGUUAGUGCAAAAAGGCUCAGAUAGUCCGGGUAGCUAUUUGGUUAACUAUUUAACUAACUAUUUAGCAGUCUUAUGUUUUGGGGGUAGAAGCUGUUCAGGGACCUGCUGGUUCCAGACUUAGUGCAUCAGUACUGCUUGCAGUGCGGUAGAAGAGAGAACAGUCUAUGACUUGGGUGGCUGGAGUCUUUUUUUUAGGGCCUUCCUCUGACACCACCUGGUAGAGAGGUCCUGGAUGGAAGGGAGCUCGGCCUCAGUGAUGUAGUGGUCUGUACGCACUACCCUCUGUAGCACCUUGCAGUUGGAUUCCACCAAGCAGUUGCCAUACCAAGCGGAGGCGUGCUCGGCCCUCCAUUUCCUGUAGUCCACGGUCAGCUCCUUUGUCUUGCUGACGUUGAGGGAGAUGUUCUUGUUCUGGCACCACACUUCCAGGUCUCUGAUUAUCCUCCCUAUAGGCUGUCUCAUAGUCAUCGGUGAUCAGGUCUACUACCGCUGUGUCGUCGGCAAAUCUAAUGAUGGUAUUGGAGUGGGUUCAGGUUGCCUGGGAUGAUGGUGUUGAUUUUGUUUUAUUUUACCUUUAUUUAACUAGGCAAGUCAGUUAAGAACAAAUUCUUAUUUACAAUGACUGCCUAUAACGGCCAAACCCGGACGACGCUGGGCCAAUUGUGCGCCGCCCUAUGGGACUCCCAAUCACGGCCGGUUGUGAUACAGCCUGGAAUCGAACCAGGGGGUCUGUAGUGACGCCUCAAGCACUGAGAUGCAGUGCCUUAGACCGCUGCGCCACUCGGGAGCCCAUGACCAGCCUUUCACAGCCUUUCAUGGCUACAGAUGUGAGUGCUACGGGGCGAUGGUCAUUUAGACAGGUAGACAGGUAACCUUGGCGUUCUUGGGCACAGGGACUAUGGUGGUCUGCUUGAAACAUGUAGGUAUUACAGACUGGGUCAGGGACCAGUUGAAAAUGGCAGUGAAGACACUUGCCAGCUGGUCAGCGCAUGCUCUGAGUACACGUCCUGGUAAUCCGUCUGGUCCAGCGGCCUUGUGAAUGUUAAUCUGUUUUAAAGGUGUUACUCACAUCGGCUACGGAGAGCGUGAUCACAGUCAUCCGGAACAGCUGGUGCUUUCAUUCGUGUUUCAGUGUUGCUUGCCUCGAAGCGAGCAUAGAAGGCAUUUAGCUCGUCUGGUAGGCUCGCGUCACUGGGCAGCUUGUGGCUGGGUUUCCCUUUGUAAUCCGUGAUAGUUUGCAAGCCCUGCCACAUCCGACUAGCGCCAGAGCUGGUGUAGUAAUAUUCGAUCUUAGUCCUGUAUUGACGCUUUGCCUGUUUUGAUGUUUGGGUGUGCCCAUCAGUGGAGGCUCUUCAGAGGAGGAAGGGGAGGACCAUCCUCCUAAGUCAAUUUCAUAAAAAUUGUGAAACAUUAAAGUGAUCCUUUUAAGAUAAAACAAUACUAAAUAUUCACAUUUCACCAAAUAAUUUAUUAAAACACACUGUUUUGCAAUUAAGGUCUACAGUAGCCUCAGCAGCACUCUGUAGGGUAGCACCAUGGUGUACACUGUAGCCGGAGGACAGCCAGCUUCCGUCCGCCUCUGGGUACAUUGACUUCAAUACAAAACCUAGGAGGCUCAUGGUUCUCACCCCCUUCCAUAGACUUACACAGUAAUCAUGACAACUUCCGGAGGACGUCCUCCAACCUAUCAGAGCUCUUGCAGCAUGAACUGACAUGUUGUCCACCCAAUCAAAAGAUCAGAUAAGUAAUAUAGUACUGAAAGUAUAAGCUAUAGCUAGCUAGCACUGAAGUGCAUAAAAUGUGGUGAGUAGUUGUUUAGCUAGUUUAGCCUACUCAAACACCCCGCUCAAAAAGAGAGGGAUGCUAUGUUAGCUAGCUGGAACUCUUCCAAGUCAAGGUAAGCUUUUGGUUUUAUUAAUUUAUUACCACCGGGGCCCGCCGGUGUAACUGCUAAACUGCUUACUGACUGUACACUGUACUGCGUGAUUGUAGCAGAUUUACUAACGCGUUAGUUCUAGUAGCUAUAUUGACUAUGACGUUAGCUAAUAUGGUGACAACGAUGUAGGCUGUGUAGCGGUUAGCUGUUGUGGUAUAAAAGUUUGGCUUGGAAUGGUUUUUUGGUCUGGUCAAAGGCAGCUGUUGUAUUGUGCAGUGAAGUCCACAAGCGAAGGGAAAAUGUGAGAGGAGGAGAGAGCGUAGAUGCGAGAAGGAAUUAUUUAUAUAUAUAUAUAUAUAUAUAUAUACACACAACGAGCAAAGUGAUCAUGCGGUUUCAUAUGUGGCUGCUAGUUUUUGCGUGUGAUCAGGGGUGUAUUCAUUCCACCGAUUUCUUAAACGGAAGCAAAUGGAACGAAACGGGCUAAGCAAAAAUGAAUUUGUCCAAUAGAAACUCUCGUUUGCAACUGUUGGACUAAUGAUUACACUCUAGAUCAGCUAGAUGCAGGCAAAAGUGCAAGGCGGUAUUGAAUGUGUCACUGUCUGUCACCUUGAUUACUCAAAUUUCUCUCGACCUGUGCAUCUACAUUGUAAACUUUCAUUCGUAGGCUAUGUUGUAGCAACCUCAUAAUGGGUAUAGUGAAAAUCUGAGUAUCGUGUAGUAGCCUAAACCUAUCGAUGUUACAUUGAGCUGGGUGAAUGGAAUAUGAAUGACAGUCAUCCAAUAUGCAGUAAUAGAAAUAAGGCCAUGCUCAAGAAACAAAAAAUGGUCCUCCCUCAUCUUAAACGGCACAACCACCACUGGUGGAAAUAUAUUAUAACACCUAAUUGCCCACAAAGCAUCAAGGGUAUAAUAUCUUUCCAUGACAUAGAAUGACUAGGUGAACACUAUGACCCCUUAUUGAGGUCACUUGUUAAAUCCACUUCAAUCAGUGUAGAUGAAGGGGAGGAGACAGGUUAAAGAAUGGUUUUUAAGCCUUGAGACAAUGGAUUGUGUGCCAUUCAGAGGGUGAAUGGGCAAGACAAAAUAUUUAAGUGCCUUUGAACGGGAUAUGGUAGUAGGUGCCAGGCGCACUAGUUUGUGCCAAGAACUGCAACGCUGCUGGGUUUUUCACGCUCAACAGUUUCCCGUGUGUAUCAAGAAUGGUCCACCACCCAAAGAACAUCUCACCAACUCGACACAACUGUGGGAAGCAUUGGAGUCAACAUGGGCCAUAUCCCUGUGGAACACUUUCGACACCUUGUAGAGUCCAUGCCCUGACGAAUUGAGGCUGUUCUGAGGGCAAAAGGGGGUGCAACUCAAUAUUAGGAAGGUGUUCCUAAUGUUUUGUACAUUGUGUGUGUGUGUGUGUGUGUGUGUGUGUGAUAUAUAAACAUUUAUUUCUUACCAAUGUUUUAUAUUGAAUCUAUAAUCUAAAACAUGAGUGGCUCUGUGGAUCCAUCAGGCAGGCUUGACAAUGGUCUCACAGUGAGAGCAAGGUAUAGAUGCACAUUGCAGUGACAGUCUGUGAAGAGUGCAGUCAUGUGUUAUCGGCCUCCACUGAGCUGAUCAGACAGUCAUGUUCACCUCUGUCACUCAACUAGACUUCUCUCCCCCUCUAAGGGAGGGAGUGCUUUAAACAGCAGGUCUCUGUCACGCUCUCAAUCCCAUAACAGCUCACCUGUCCUGCCUACACCUGUCCCCCACCACACAGCAACCCACAGGUGGAAUGUACUUAUAGAAAUAGCAAUACUAGACCCCAUUCAAGUCAAUGUAAUUCUAUUUCUAUGGGUGUAGCCAACUGUACAAGUGAUGGGGGCAGGCCUCAGAAACCUCACAGCUGCUCUUCCAUCCCUGUCUCUACCAGGGUUUUUCACUCAGUAGCAGCAGUAGGUAACUACAGGUAAUACGUGUUGAUCAGAGAGCCUUGUACAGCUUCACUAUGAACCUGCAAAGCAACGGCCUGUCUGUUCAGUGGUACCUGAAGUCCAAGCCGGUGGGAAAGGUGAGGCGGCGUGUACAGGAGAUGGAAAAACCCAUCUGUCUCCAUGGUGUCUAGCGACAUUGACCUCAGCCACAACGAGAGCACCCGAUUGGCCAUGGACGCCCUGCUGAACCAGGGAUUGGACAUGUACCAGGAAGUACUGGCCAGAGAGGGCGAGGUGGACUUCCUGUCCAAGGAGGAGAAA